ACUACAAGCGACCGGCAGUUAGGUUUGUACGGUGAUUUCCUGCUUGUUUUUAGAUUUCUACCAAGUGAAAAUAUGGAGACGCCAAGAAGGGUACUUCGUAAUAGGAACUUGGACAAUGUGGCUUCACAGUUCACCCCUGUGAAGAUUCCGGCAACUCCGUUAUUGAAGCAAUUGGGAUAUGGCACCGGAGUUAACGUUUAUCAACUGGACAGAUCUCCAAGGAAUGGAAAAAUGAUGUCGCCCUGGGCAUUGAAGCGCGUUUCAAAGAAAAUUACUCAAAACAAUGGUGAAAUAUAUGAAACACGGAUCAAAGAGGAGGCUGAGGUUUUGAGAAAUCUUGUUCAUCCAAAUAUAGUAGGAUUCCGAGGAGUGAUAAAGUCAGCGGACGGCAAAGAAAAUCUGGCGAUAGAAUAUUGCAACGUUUCCCUUUAUGACAUGAUUGAAGAAAAAACGGAGGCCGAUGAUUGGACACCCUUCCCAGCAAGCAAAAUACGAAAAAUGUGCCUCGAUAUAAGCAAAGCCCUUGAUUAUCUUCACAAUGAAGCAAAAAUACUACACGGUGACAUAAAAUCACCCAAUGUACUCGUGAAGGAUGACUUUGAAAUUUGUAAAUUAUGUGAUUUUGGAGUUAGUCUUCCUCUAAAUAAAGAUGGAGAGCUUGAUUUGAUGAAAAAUCCUAAAGCAAAAUUUGUCGGAACUGAUUUGUGGGCAGCUCCUGAGGCUUUGGAGGACAAUAUUAUAACAGACAAAUGUGAUAUAUUCAGUUUUGGUCUUGUUAUUUAUGAAAUGAUUGCUCUAAUUCCGCCUCAUACCUGGGCAUUGAAUGUGGGUAAUAAAGAAAAUGAUGAAGACGAAACGAUCAUGGAAGCCAGUUUUGAACCAAUCAUAGGGACGAGACCACCUCUUCCAGAAUCUUUUGAAUUAUCAGAUGAAUAUUGUCCAGUUGUGGAAAUAUUUUAUAUUUGCACAAAUGAAUUAGCUGAAGACAGACCAACGGCAAAAACUUUGUUGAAAGCUUUGAAUGGUUGAGUUUGGUUGAUAAUUAACUUUUCAUGUAUAUAUAUUACUUUAUAAUUGAAUAGCUUCAAUAUUCUGUAAGUUUUGAUACACAGGGAGUCACUGCAACUUUCAAUAGUACAAAUAAUUUAAGAAAUAUUGCGAAAAUAGUUUUGAAUAAAUAUAUCGAAAUAUGUUUAAAACAACAAUUCAGAUAACUAAAGAUUUAUUUAGUUCUACUCGCACAUAUAUUCAAGCUUCAACAAUACAAUGAAUGCUCUUUUAGAUGUAAUAAUAUUCGAAAUACUUGAUUCCGUAAUAAUAAAUGUAUGUAUAUAAAUGGUA